AGGUGUUUGCAGGAAUAGGCAAAGAAGAGUUAGAAAUAUUCUGAUGACUGAGCAACAAGACUCAAAGUUUGUCAAGAGUUUGCUGAUACUGGAAAUUACCUGGUAUAUAACAGGGUGAGAAUCAAGUACCUUCUCUGAAUUGCUCACUCCCCAAAUUGUGUUCCAUUCCAGAUCAAUAUCCAAACCUUAAAUGGUUUGGGCUGUCUCUUGUUCUCCUUUUUCAUCCACACAAACACAAAAUCAGUCCUGUUUUUAAAUGAUUGAGUAUAUUAGUAUUCUCAUCAUGCAUGAAACUUACUCAUUGCUUGUUAUCAUCACUUAUUUCACUGCCAGCUGAGUAGCUGGUUUGAAGAUGGCAGUCUGUCUUCAAAACAAACACAAUGAAGUAUUUCUUCACCCAAGUUAUAUGAAUGCUGUGGAAUUUAUCACAGAGCAUUGUGUUGCUAAAGUUUUGCAGGGGUUCAAAAGCAGUUGAGCAAAAUCCUUCAAGGCGUAUGAAAGAAAAACUUGUAUUUGGCUAAAUAAAUCCAUGAACCACAGGCUGCUGGAGGCUGGGGAAAGCAUUAGUGGAAGUAUCAUUUUAUGUUGUUAUAGUUUGUCAUUUCCCUAGGCAGUCUCCCUGCCAGCUGUCUGAGGCAUAGCACUAGGCUAAUGGACCCUUGGUUUGAGGUGGCAGAGUCAUUUCUUGGGUAACCCCAGCUCCUAAAUUAUGUGCCUUUAAGCUGUCUCCCAGAUGCUGCUUCCUGCUGUAUGUGCUUGUGUAUGCGGAUAGAAGGCUUAUUUUUGGUCUAGUGGUGUUGCUUUUUAAUACUGCUUCAUUACUCUAUCAAAACUGCUUCAUUACUCUGAAAAUCUGGGCAGCAAGUACCAUGUACUGUUUAUCCAUGUAACUCCAAUAGCUUAGCAGCCACCUUGCUACUGCAAUGUGCUAGAACCCAUUUCCAGUGACACUGGCAGGCAGGAACAUGUUUUGGUUCAAUGUCUCUUGGCUUAUUUGUGAUUCUUCUCUACUAUAAUUAGGACAUAGCAAUGUAUUAGAAGGUAAAUUACAGAUGUAAAAAUUAUAUUAUUAAAUGGAAUAGUUCUUAAAUACAUUUUUAUGUAACAGUGUUACAGCUCUUGGUGAUACAUACUUUCUAGUUCUCCUAAGGUUUCUAUGGAUAUCCUUUCCAGGGGAUUGCUGGCUUCUCUGCUUCUUUUUGUGUGAAGCCUCUCAAUUUAUUCCAUACUGAGACUGGGUUUUUAGGUCACUAUAGCUUCUAGGUUUUGCCAAGAGGAACUGGUGCGUUCUCACUGGAAAAAUGUGAACAAUGUAAAAAUGUGGUGGUAAAGAGCAGGAACUUAAAAGCAAAAAUUAUAUAUUUAACAAAAAGAGCAUAAGAAACUGAAAGAGAAAAGGUAAAAGUAGCAGAGGAAUAUGCAGACAUAUUGUGCUCAGGAUGUUGGUUGCUCAGGACAGAAGCAUGUGGGAACUGGGCAGAGCAGAACUGCAUGCCUGUGAUAUGUGUUGCACCUAACUUGCAGUCUAACAGUUCAUCUAUCUACCCUGGUGUUCUGGGAGAGGCUGUGGCCAAGCUACCAAGUCAUGCUGCAGAUCAUCUGUUCUGAUUUUCACCCCAUUUGGGGAUGAAUGACUGGCUUGCAGAAACAGAAGAACAGGUAUUGAGCCUUUCAACCUCUCUGGGUUUACGCUGACCAAAAGAUCAGUCACAGUCUAUCAGUAUAAGCCACAGUUUUAAAUCUUACGUUAGGAUGUGAAUGUAAGUCAGAGACCUUACCACCUCUAAAUUACUGUGGAAAAACUGAAUAUCACAGUGACAUUUAAGAAAGGGAUCCUUUCAUCUGAAACUUGCUUUUUGUGGUCCAGCAGCAGUUGCUUGAAGUACACUUACUUUCUGGAAGUUGAACUGCAAAAUUAGCACCCUUGUUAACAGUAUCAGCACAUAGGACAAAGACAGGUUUGUGGCUGAAUUGCUGCUUAGCGGCUGUGUGGUUUGGAUGGUUGCUAGGUGUUCUACAGCUGUCUUGGAGAUAAAGAGGACUUUUUUGUUAAUAAGACUGCCAGUCUACUGCCUUUCAGUGUGCCUAAUCGUACUUGCUUAAGGAAAAAACAGAGAGGACAGAGGCAUUUAAACAGGCAGUGUGUUCUUUGUGGAUAUGCAAACUAUGUAUGACUUACAGCAGAAGUUUGUUUUUCACAGGACAAAACGUGACAAUAAAUGACUGCUGUCCCUUAACUAAACAGGGGGAGGGACUUGUGAAUCUGUGAGGAAGAUUAUAUAGACUGAGGCCUGAACUCUGAACCAUUAAAAUAUCUUCUCCAACCAGUCCGACUGGGAGCACAGCAGAGAGAUUGACUGGGGAAACUAAAAGCAGCAGAGAUUGCUGCUUUUGCAUAUGCAUACCUUGAAUAUUAACCCUUUACCUAUCCCACUGUUUUUCCUACAGUUGGGGGCUGUAGAAACUGUGAAAGGAGGAGCAAAAGGAGGAAGAUUAUCCAUUAUAUUUUUAAACAGGAAUCUGAAUAGGUUCCCCAAGUGCACUUGGGGAAAGUGCCUGUGGAAAGUAACACAUUUCAGUAAAGAACGCAUUUAAAUGAGGAAUUGUCCUUUGCAUUUUACCCACUUUUUAAUGGGGAAUGAGGUAUAGGACAGAUCCCCUGCUCUUUCAUGGAGAAAAUAUUUCAGAGAGUCAGUGCAAGUUAGUACAAGAAUAAGAGGAAAGCUGAAACCAGAGCCUGAGCCUGCCCUCUGCAGCUGUAGUCAUCUUUCUAGCUCAAGAAAAUUUUUAGUCCACAUGCCUCUCCUGGUUUCUCAGGGGAUGAAAGUCCACAUCUGUUAUGGUCCCAAAACCAGGACAACAUCACAGAGCUAUUUCACUAAUACUAUUUUGCCCACUUCUGCCAGUCUCUGUAGAGAGAUCAAGCAAUGAAGAAAACCACGCCUGGUUUUCACCAUUUUGCACACAUGGACAGUAAAUGCCAGAUGGAAGAAUAAUCCCAGAGAGAAGUUUAAGAUGUACUGGUGUACAGAUGUGCUGAUACGCAGUCUCUCUUACGGGUAAAUUAACUGUUGUGUUUCAGUAUCUAAAGCUAUUGCCUCUAUUGCAACUAAAAUUUUCCCACAACAAAAUACUGUAUGCAGCACCAAAGUGUUAACAGGAGUAGGUAAGUUUUGCUCAAACAGUUGGCAGAGAUCAUAUCUUCUGCAUUUUCCCAAAGCCACCUGCGUGGUGGUGUUGAUUGUGAAAUGAACUUUGUCUCUCAAUGAUAGGUCUCAUAUUGUUUCCUCUUGUGAUAAAACUCUCCUCUCACUUGUAUGAAUUAGGUAAGAAAAUAAUCUUGUACAGACUCAUAUAAUGAGGAGUCAGGAAUCUGAAACUCUUUAACACAAGAUUUUUCAGUGAUAGAAGAGGGCAAUCUUUGAGCUAAUGGAGGGAGCCUGCAGGCCAGCUACUGAGACUCACAUACAUGAGUUGAGUGGGAAGAAAGUCCCCAGAACUAAAAUGCUGAGGAACUGAGGUUGCAAUGAAGAUUAUGCCACGCAGCUGCUGAGGACUGAGAGCAGCAGCAGAGCACAAGGGUGACCCCAAGGGCAUCAUAGCAGGAAAAAGUGACAGAGCAAGUUUAAGAUUAUCUGGACUGAUUGGGGACCUCAGAAUGGAUUUUGAAGGGAGUUUGUAAGUGAGGGUCAUUGCCAGGGCUGUGUGGGAGCUCCGGGCUGGACUGGUGGGAGGAAAGGGCAGGGAAGAGCUGAUGGUAGGGCUGGAAAAUGCUGGCAGAAUGCAUGGACAGCCCAAGCAGGAGGGAUACAAACGAGCAGGGCAGAAUGUGAAAAAAAGCCUGCAUUGCCGCUGCCUGUUAUAGCAUGUUUUGGUAUUAUUAAACUUUUCUCUCUUUCUUCAUUUGCAGAUUGUGUUCCUGAUAGAAAGCUUUUUCAGCAUCUGGAGUCUGAGGGGUUUUGUACAGAUUUUCUGUUCCAAGAACCCAUUUUUUUCUAAACGUGAACCUGUAAUCUGAAGUGUAUGAUUUCUGUUUGUUACGUUAGCCUAUCCCUCUUGAUCUGUGUUUGCCUGCCUUUCAAAUUAUGCUCCAAGUCCCCGCCCGUGGACUCUUUGCUUUGCCUCUGUCAUCUGCAGGUGAGCAGCUGGUGCGUAGAAGCCAGGCAGACCCGUUUUACAAGUGUGUGGCUACCUGUCAGUUCCUGUGUUGGACAUAUACUCACACAAUCUCCCUGAGGAGACAGCUGAGAAGACCUUGAGGAAUAAGGAAUUGACGCUGGUCAGGUCUGGGGUAGGAAAAUUAGUGAGGAGGAACUUAGUCAUAAGAAUUACAGCCACACAAGGCAACCAUCAGCAUUAUCAGGAGAGGCCUCAGAGAAACUAGGAACUGGCAGCAGGCAAGUUUCAGGAAAAGACUACCGCAGGGCAAGAGAAGUGGUGUAAUUCAGAUUACCUGUGAGGAGUAACUUUCUGUGACCUUAAUUCAGGGGGAGUGUGAUCAAGCUGGAGAUGCUGCUCGAUAGCCCAGAGGUGCCUUAUGGUGAGAGAUGAGAUGACUUGAUGGGCCAGGCAAACCUUGCAAAAUUGUCACGAUCUGAGGUUUUCUGAACGCAGAAGAGGCAGGAAGGCAGAGGUCAGAGACCCACUUGCUUGUAAUUGAACAUGGCAGGACAUGUAAAAAGAUUCACACGCAUGCUACUGGAAUGCAACAGCAAUGACAAGCUAUGUGUUGUGCGUGAAUAUCAGACUGAAGUGAUUGUUGUCCCGGUUCUCCUUGUGGGUUUUUUUGUCAUCGUGCUAACUGUGAUUCUUUGGCUCCACUGUCGAGGGUUGCGAGCAAAGCAGGAGCAAUCAUCAUCGUCUGGACACCAAGUGAAUGACAAGAAUCAGCAGGAAUCUAGCUCAACAGAGAACCGCUAUAUCCAGCUGAGUGAGACCUCUGUGGAGAGCCUGCUAAAUUCUGCAUCCUUGACUCUGAAAGAACUGGAGAUACCACGAGAGAAACUCUCACCAGGCACCUUGCAGCUGAUAAAACAUGGCUGCUGUGGGAGCAUCUACAGAGCACAACUGGAAAUUGGGAAUCCUGGGAAGACUAAGACUGUAGUAUUGAAAGCCUUACAAGACCUGGCUAGUCCCCAGGAAGUAAAGGAUUUCCUGGGAAGGAUUGAAUUCCAUCAAAAUCUUGGCCGUCAUAAGAACCUGGUUGAACUGGUUGGAUGCUGUGUAGACCAGCUCCCACUUUAUAUGAUCAUGGAAGAUGUGUCUCUUGGUGACCUGUUGACAUUUCUAUGGACAUGUCGGAAGGAUGUAAUGACAAUGGAUGGUAUCCCCUAUGACCUCACUGAGAGGCAGGUGUAUGAAGUUGGACAGCAGGUUGCAGCAGCUCUGGCUUACCUUGAACAGAAAAAGUUGUUCCAUGGUGACAUAGCUGCCAGGAAUGUCCUCCUUCAUCACAACUUCACUGCUAAGCUCUGUGGUUUGGGCCUGGCCUAUGAAACUCACACAUACGGUGCCAACUCAGUCACACAGACUGUGCCAGCCAAGUGGCAGGCACCAGAGCGGCUCCUGAAGAAACCCCCCAGCAUCAAGGCAGACAUAUGGUCUUUUGGAAUUCUACUGUAUGAAAUGAUUACAUUAGGUGCUCCACCAUAUCCGGAGGUGCCACCUUCUGAAAUCCUAUCACACCUGCAGAGACAGAACAUUAUGAAGCAGCCCUCAAGCUGCCAGCAAGCCAUGUAUGGCAUCAUGAAGUCCUGCUGGCAGUGGAACGCAACUAACCGGCCUUCCCCAGCAGGCCUGAUCCGGUCCCUACGAACAGCUGUAAAGACCAGCAAUGACCAUGCAGUACUGCAGGUGCCUGAGCUAGUGGUGCCUGAACUCUAUGCUAAUGUUGCUGGUGUUGAUGUGCACAGUCUAGUGAGAGAAUACACUAUACUCUGAAGGACCCUUCCACGUGUUAGGAAAGGAGAAGUCUCUGAGUUUGUCCUUUCUAGAUGCUUUGCAAGCUCAGAAUGAGGUGUGUAUGUUGGGAGGGAUCCCUUUGUGUUUCAAACACCUUGUAUAUAUAUCGGAUCUCUCCUCCAUGCCAGAAACAACAGACUAUUAUUAUUAUUUUUAAAUCAACCUGUUGAUAUCAUUCUGCCAGUGGUCAUUUGGAAGCAAAGUGAGGUUAGGAAGCUGUAGAAAAUAUCAUGAGAAACUUGAGUUAAAGGAGUAUAUCGGCUUUGUGUGGCAAGG